CGGAUGUGCGUUGAUGAGGCUGCACUGAUAGGCAGCACUGAUGGGAACUGAUGAGGUGGCACGGAUAGGCAGCACUGAUGGGCACUGAUAGGCGUCAUUGAUAGGCAACACUGAUGAGCUGGCACUGAUGAUGCUGCACUGAUGGCACUGAUGGGCAGCACUGCUGGGCAGCACUGAUGGGUGGCACUGAUGGGGGCACUGAUGGGCACAGGUCAACACUGGACGGUUGGGAAGUGGUUAAACAGCACAAAGUAGUAUGGAUGAGUGUAAUAGAAAUUGUCACUCUUAGCAAAUUUGAGCAA